GGGGGAGUCGCCAUCUUGAAGGUGGCGUUUGGGGAUAAAAUUCCGCUACAGUCCGUGAGGGGGUGUUGGAGAGCCGCCGGUGGGGGCAGCGAUAGCAGCCGCACUGGUGACCGGUCCCGAGGCCCCGCACAGCGGCGGGUGCGCGCGGAGGGGGCGUGCUCCGUUCUCGUGGCUGCUAUUAGACUUGCCGCCAUGACGGGCCCUAGUGCUACCGGCGUUUGGGAGCAACCCUACCCUUUCUGACAGUCAUACUUGGCUUCCUGUUUUCCUCCCUUUUGUGCUGCAUCGCUUUCGUUCCUCCUGUCGGUUGGUAGUCUAUAAAACAUGUUUUACUUAAGCAGAUUCAUUUGUGGCUUCUAGAAGCCCACAGUGAGGUUUUCUACCGUUGUCUCCCCGAGAAUCUCAAUAAUAAAAAUUGAAUUUGAUAGGAAAAAGUUCUCACCACUCUUUUAUACAGUCGGUGUGAAAAGCUGCAUUUUGCAAACCUAAAAUCGGAGAAAUAAGUUAGAAGACUACUUACUUAUUUGGAAAAACUUUGAGAUUUGUGUUUAAAUGGUUAUUGAUCACUUUAUAAUAGUUAUUGAGUAGAAAAUGAGUUUCUGUGGAAUCACAACAAAAUUUGAUGUGCUGUGUACGGUUUACAUACCUGGAGCUAUUUCGGUAUUCUGCUGGAGUUUUAACGUGCAGUUCCAUACCUUACGGUACUUUAGAUUGCUUACGGUUGGACUUUGAUGGUGAGCUCAGUGCAAUCGAUGCAAGGUGUAGGAAAGAUUGUGAAAGUUCUUAAAAGGCAUGUGUUGGUUGCAGUAACUUCGCCUGGUAGAUUACUUUAGGACGCAUAAGUCUCUAUUUCCAGCAUCAAGAAAGUGUUCCUGAAAUCGGUGGCAUUUUGGAAACGUUACUUACUGAAAGAAUGGUGGGACUUUGUUAGGUGGAGGUGUGAGUGAGCGAAGGGCAUUCUUAAGGCGACAUUAAAUUUACAGUUUCCUAGAGUGCAUAGGAUAGGUAGGAAAGUCCUGAAAAUUCUGCCUGAAAACGGUAAAUAACGACAUCUGGAGACUGAUUUCUAGCAGAGUGAUCAAACACCUCAGUUGUACUUCAUUUAUUUAGCAGUUUUGGAUCCAGUCAUUGGAAAAGUUUCAAAGUUGAGAAAUAAUGACAGCAAGUAGUAAGUAAAUCACUCUUUUCAUUACUACAAAAAUUAUAAAGUGUUCCUACUUUUCACGUGAUUCAUCUCUCCUUGACAGCCGUUCUUUUCUGUCUUGAAUUCUCAUUCCAAUAAUCUAUUGCUCAGAAGUGUUACACUUUCUGUACUUAGUAUUAAUAACAGUAUUUUACCAAGGCAUUUUGAAGAGUAGAUUAGAAGACUUAAUUCCUAAAAUUUCAAAAGGCCUCAUGCAAACUCCCCUACUUCCCUAAAGUAAGUCCUUCCAGAAAAUGUAUUUUUUUUUACUCUCCACUAAGCCAAAAGUCAUAUUUUGAUUUAUAUAUAUAAAUGACCUAGAUUAGAAAGUUUAAGGAAAUACAUGGAGCACUUGUUUCCUGAAUUUUGUAAUACACAAAGCAACCUUCCUACUUGCCUAGCAACUGUUCAAGCACUAGUGAGAGGAAUUCUCAUGUUUGUCAUGAAGGUCCACACUUAGGAAAGUUUGAGGAACUGGUUACAGGAGACAGACUAGAAACAAGUUUUUAAGCAGUCUAGUUGUAGAGGUGUUAAGGAAAAACAUAAACUGUAGAAGUAGUUGCUUUAUAUCUUGACAGCUGGGAAAGACAUAGAAGAGCUCUAAAGAAGAUAGAAUUAUUUGCUGCACAGUAUAUGCAGCAGCAGCAGCAGAUGUUCCAGUGCAGCAACAAUGGAUGUUCGAGAUUAAGAUUAAUUUAGAGUCGAAUGUAUAAUUAAGAAGACAGCUGGUACCAAUUCACCUGUGGCCUGGAGAAUCUAAAUAUACUGUGAGAAUUAUUUCUACAGUCAGAAGGAGCUGUGACUAAUGAGAAUCAAAGGCCAUGGAUGAAGAUGAACUUGAAUUGCAGCCACAAGAGCCAAACUCCUUUUUUGAUGGAAUAGUUUUUCAGAACACUUCCCAUAUAUUCCCAUUUGAUCAUCACCAACAGUCCUGUGAGGAACUGAUGCUACGCACAUGGAUGGUGAUCAGAUUGUUGUGGAAGUUCAAGAAACUGUUUUUGUUUCAGAUGUUGUGGAUUCAGAUAUAACUGUACAUAACUUUGUUCCUGAUGACCCAGAUUCAGUUGUAAUCCAAGAUGUUAUAGAGGAUGUUGUGAUUGAGGAUGUUCACUGCUCAGAUAUCUUAGAAGAAGCAGAUAUAUCUGAAAAUGUCAUUAUUCCUGAGCAAGUGCUUGACUCAGAUGUAACUGAAGAAGUUUCUUUAGCACACUGCACGGUCCCAGAUGAUGUUUUAGCUUCCGACAUUACUUCAGCCUCAAUGUCUGUGCCAGAACAUGUAUUAACAAGUGAUUCUAUACAUGUGUCUGAUAUUGGACAUGUUGAACACAUGGUUCAUGAUAGUGUAGUAGAAGCAGAAAUCAUUACUGACCCUCUGACAGCAGACGUCGUUUCAGAAGAAGUAUUGGUAGCAGAUUGUGCCUCUGAAGCAGUCAUAGAUGCCAAUGGGAUCCCUGUGGACCAACAAGAUGAUGACAAAAGCAACUGUGAGGACUACCUUAUGAUUUCCUUGGAUGAUGCUGGCAAAAUAGAACACGGUGGCUCCUCUGGAAUGACCAUGAACACAGAGUCAGAAAUAGAUCCUUGUAAGGUGGAUGGCACUUGUCCUGAAGUAAUCAAGGUGUAUAUUUUUAAAGCUGACCCUGGAGAGGAUGACUUAGGUGGCACUGUAGACAUUGUGGAGAGUGAGCCUGAGAAUGACCAUGGAGUUGAACUACUUGACCAGAAUAGCAGUAUUCGAGUACCAAGAGAAAAGAUGGUUUAUAUGACUGUCAACGACUCUCAGCAAGAAGAUGACGAUUUAAAUGUUGCUGAAAUUGCUGAUGAAGUUUAUAUGGAAGUUAUAGUAGGAGAGGAGGAUGCUGCAGUGGCAGCAGCUGCAGCAGCUGCUGUGCAUGAACAACAAAUGGACGACAAUGAAAUCAAAACCUUCAUGCCAAUAGCGUGGGCAGCGGCUUAUGGUAAUAAUUCUGACGGCAUUGAAAACCGGAAUGGCACUGCAAGUGCCCUCUUGCACAUAGAUGAGUCUGCUGGUCUCAGCAGACUGGCUAAACAAAAACCAAAGAAAAGGAGAAGACCUGAUUCCAGGCAGUACCAAACAGCAAUAAUUAUUGGCCCUGAUGGACAUCCCUUGACUGUCUAUCCUUGCAUGAUUUGUGGGAAAAAAUUUAAGUCAAGAGGUUUUUUGAAAAGGCACAUGAAAAACCAUCCUGAACACCUUACCAAGAAGAAGUACCGCUGCACUGACUGUGAGUACACUACCAACAAGAAGAUAAGUUUACAUAACCACCUGGAGAGCCACAAGCUGACCAGCAAGGCAGAGAAGGCCAUCGAAUGUGAUGAGUGUGGGAAGCAUUUCUCUCAUGCUGGGGCUUUGUUUACUCACAAAAUGGUGCAUAAGGAGAAAGGAGCCAACAAAAUGCACAAGUGUAAAUUUUGUGAAUACGAGACAGCUGAACAAGGGUUGUUGAAUCGCCACCUUUUGGCGGUCCACAGCAAGAACUUUCCUCAUAUUUGUGUGGAGUGCGGGAAGGGUUUCCGUCACCCGUCAGAGCUCAAAAAGCACAUGCGCAUCCAUACCGGGGAGAAGCCGUACCAGUGCCAGUACUGCGAGUAUCGGUCCGCAGACUCUUCUAACUUGAAAACACAUGUAAAAACGAAGCAUAGUAAAGAGAUGCCGUUCAAGUGUGACAUCUGCCUUCUGACUUUCUCAGAUACCAAAGAGGUGCAGCAACAUGCUCUUAUCCACCAAGAAAGCAAAACACACCAGUGUUUGCACUGCGACCACAAGAGCUCGAACUCAAGCGAUUUGAAACGACAUAUAAUUUCGGUUCACACGAAGGACUACCCCCAUAAGUGUGACAUGUGUGAUAAAGGCUUUCACAGGCCUUCCGAACUCAAGAAACACGUGGCUGCCCACAAGGGUAAAAAAAUGCACCAGUGUAGACAUUGUGACUUUAAGAUCGCAGAUCCGUUUGUCCUAAGUCGCCAUAUUCUCUCGGUUCACACGAAAGAUCUUCCGUUCAGGUGUAAGAGAUGUCGAAAGGGAUUUCGGCAACAGAAUGAGCUUAAAAAGCAUAUGAAGACGCACAGUGGCAGGAAAGUGUACCAGUGUGAGUACUGUGAGUAUAGCACUACAGACGCCUCGGGCUUUAAACGGCACGUCAUCUCCAUCCACACGAAAGACUAUCCUCACCGGUGCGAGUACUGCAAGAAAGGCUUCCGCAGACCUUCUGAAAAGAACCAGCACAUAAUGCGACAUCAUAAAGAAGUGGGCCUGCCCUAACGGUCCCGCUACAGACAUUUGUGGAGAUGUUGGCCUUGAAGCAGGAAUUUCAUUUUAAAGCCAGCCUCAUUCACAUGCAAUACUGUAUAUCGAUUUAUGCUGUGUACAAAUAGAAUUACUGCUUCUAGUCAACUUUUCUUUACAUCUUACUUAAUAGAGUAUUCUGGAUCCUAUUCAGUUUGUUCAGUGGCAAAAAGUAGCAACAGUGAAAUUGCUUUUAAAAAGGAAUCCCUGAUUCUGUACUGAAUUUUUCAGUCUUAGAAGUUUUACUAUUUAUUUAAGUAUCCACUUUAUAUACAUUGAUGGUACUUCUAAGACCACUUAAAGAUAAAAAAGAAACAACAUAGGAUUGGUAAUUCUAAAAGUAUUUACUUUGACUCAUUUUUCCUUCAUAAAUCUUUCAUAUUAAAUGGGAACAUCUGCUAAUGGUAAACAGAUUUUACUGUUGGGUCUAAUCAUUAUAUGAAAGUAAUUUUCUUAUCUUGCUUAAUUUUUCAGACUGUGUGACAAUGACACUUUUCCAUUUGAGUCUCUAGUAUUGCUAAAUGCAGAACAUUGCUAGGUUUCUUUUGAAUUUUCAUUUUGUUCAACAGACAAAAUAAGCUUUAUUGUGACUUUCUGUGUAGUACAUCUUUUGUCAGCAUAGCACACUUUCAGAAAGUUACUGAAAGGUUUUGCUUAUUCCUGUUUGUUGUUUUUCUGUCCGUGUAGUUUUGUUUUGGAAUACUUGUAUUCUACAGAUGAGACUUAACUGUGAAUUGAGUUUUGGAAUAUUAGAGUUAAAUGGUGGCUCCUAGACUGUUUUGCAACUGGAUCUGUAAGUCUACUCCAGGUUUUAUAUGUGCCUGUGUGUUACUUGUUUCACAUAUUUAAACACACAAUCCCAAAUUUAAGUCUGUAAUGAAAAGUAUUAACUGUACAACAAAAUGAAAGAUCCAGAGAUAUAUGAAAGAACAUUUUGCAAACAGUAUUUGUAAAGAUUAAAUUAAACUUGAGGGGAAAGUUGGAAUAUAAGGAUAGUGUAUUUUUGAAAAGUGAAGGUAUUUUCUUUAAACAUCUUUAGGAGUUGGAAAAGACAAGGUAUUUCUAGAUAGAAUAUUUUUAUAUAAUUUUAGCUUCAUACCUUAAAUUUUUUGAAAAAAGCUAAUGAAUAUCUAACCAUAAAUCUCUCAGUAGUCACUGCGAAGCAUGAAAAAGAAAUGUCUUCUCACAAAGUAAAGAUUAGGAUUAAAAAGACAAAUGGCUGCAGAGGAUGGGUGCUAAUUAAAAUUGGCAAGUUCAGCCCGUUUUUAAUUUCUUAGCAGAUUUGAGGAAGAUUAAACAUUUAAGUUAGCUUUGAUUAGAAGAUAUGUUUAAAGUACGUUAUGAAAACGUGAGACUUCAUUUGGAAUAUUACCAAGUCUUUCAGUUGUUUUUUUUUUCUUUUUCCAGAGUUGGCAUAUUUUAAGCAGUGAGUGAGUUAUAAAUAGAUAUAAAAUGAAUUUAAACAGUUAAUUAGAAUUUGGUUCGUGUUAUAUGAAUUUUCAAAAAUAUAGGAAAUACUUUUUGUUUACUUAAAUUGGGUAUUGCCACAUAUAUACUGGCACAUUAUUCAAGAAUAGAAAUUUCUCUUCCCACUUGAUAGCUAGCUCCCUUGCAAAUUCAUUGCGGUGCUGCCUUCUACUCUUACUAUCUUCUGCCUUUUCUCUGUGCCACUAAUAUUCAUAUUCAGAAGUUGUAUUUAUAGGGUUAGGAAUCUAAAUAUUGGGAGUUUUGAAGUUUGGAUUAAUUUAAUCUUUUUAAAUCAAGUGCUUUAGGCACAUAAGAAUGCCAGCCAAGCAACAGGAUGGAUUUGGAACCUCUUAAGCCUUUUUUACUCCCAUAUAUGUUUUACCCAUUUUUAGUAUCCAUUGUCCUGUUCUUAAAACUCUUUUUUGUGUGUGAUAAUUUUUUCAGUUUUUCUUCCAUUUGGUUUUUCCUUGGAGUAAUACAAAAGGAAAUGUUUAAAUAAAAGUUUACAUUUAAGAAUUUUAAAACAUUCUUUAAAAUUAAUCCAGAUAAAUAGCUAUUUAAUUAUAUUUAAAAAGAAACUGAAAGAUAAAGAACACAACACUUACAUACUUUGUAUUUCUCUCAUAGUCUGGAGUCUUACAUAAUUGUUUUGUUUUUUAAGCACAAUAUUGAAACCUUUAAAAGGUAAUUACUAGGAUUUGGUCAAGUGAAUAUGAUAAAACAUUUGUUUUUAUAAAGAAAAUAUGAAAUUGUACUUACUGCUAUGUACUGAUAUUAGUUGCAGGCUGUUUGGGUUCUUUAAAAAAAUUUGAUUAGCAAAGCUAAUAAGUUUGGAUGUUUCAGUUUAAUAUUUUAAAGAGGUACAGAUUUUUACAAGAACUUAAGUUAUUGUUUUGUUGAAAUAGCCUAUUAAAUAUUAUAUAUCUCUUCCUCUGUACACAUUGUAAAAUACUUAAAAUACUUGAUAAGAAAUUCAUAUAGGAAGGUGUGACACUAUUGUAAAUGUGUACUUGAGAAUAACAUGCAAAAAUAAAAAUCAAUAUUUUCUUGUUAA